GCACGCACCCCCCGGUUGAACUUUUGCGUCCUGAGCAGCCCUUGUGCCUCCGAUCCCCUGCUGCCACCCACUAUCCUCCAUUCAGGCAAAGCGGUAAUUUUUGUUAUAUAUCAAGGGACCUGCGUUUUGGGGCGUCCCAUGCAGCCCAGCGUCCUGGCCAUACAUAUGAUGGACUAGCUUCCCUCAUCACAACGAAACUAUUAAGACUGUGAACACACCCUCACCUUUCAUCCAGAUCUUCCUUCUCUCCUGCCCAAUAUCAAUCUCAGCGAGACCUGAUCUCAGUCACUUUUUGCUUCAUCCAACAUCUAUCCGUCCUUCCUUGCCCAGACCCAAUACACCCCAUCUCCCACCAUGCAUCGGAAUCAAAGCUACGGCUACACCUCCGCCAUGAUCGGUCAGUCCAGAUAUGCGUCCACCCACGCCAGCAGCUCUGCCUUCAGCGCAUCUGCGAACCCGAAUGAGGACUGGACCAAGAUCUCGGACCUGGCUGAGAGACGACGCAUCCAAAACCGGAUUGCUCAGCGAAACUAUCGUAAGAAGCUCAAGCGAAGACUCGAAGAUCUAGAGCGCCGUGCUGGGUCGUCUUCUGCCUCGCCAGAACAACAGCAUUCGGAACUAGCUACCACUCCCGCCAAAGAGACUUCCCAGAAACAAACUCAAUCCAUGGCCCGCCAGCCUUCGAGAUCAAGUGUGUCACACGAGGUGCCCAGAGCAUCGCCAGAGAUUUUUACCUUUGGAUGACCACUCCUCACUCUUUGACGCUCCGGCUGGACGCCGUCUUUCAAUCCAUUCUCAGCCGGCAUUUACCUUUUCGUCAUACCCGCCGACCACAGCAUAUCUCCACUAUGAGCACCAACAACACCCCGCGUAUGACAACACGACCAGCCACUACUCGAGCUACCGAUAUCCCGUAGAGGUGACAUCGUCGAGUCUGCCGCCGACGUUACCUGCCAUGGUGUCCUCAGCAUACGGAAAGCAGGACCACCUGUUUGGAGAUGACGACAUGUUAAGUCCAUUCAGCAUGAACUAUGCCUCGCUGGCCGGUCUGCAAAUGCCCUCGGACUAAGCAUAUUCAGGGGCCAAUUCUCAUGUAAAUCCCACCGCUUUCCUCUCCCAUUCAUAUUCCAGCCCACCCCGAUUGAGUAGCAAAAAGAAACCCUCUCUCUGGCGGCUCAGUGCCCAACACCGGCUUCCAAGUUACCAAAUUGCCCCGCUCAAAUGCUGACUUCCUCUGGCUAGACACCACCGUUGACUGAUCCAUACUCGAUGGAUUCGGCCCACAACUCACCCAACUACUUUGAUGUCCCGCUCACGCCCGUGUCGAGGACGGCGAGCCCCAACAUUCACUUGUUCGACAUCAGCUGCAAUUGAGGGCCUUUCGCUUUUCUGGUUUGGUUUGGCAAGCAACUUCCGCUCAUUGCCGUCAUUACGGGCACCCUAACAACGGCGCCAAAUAAUUGGCACGACGGCUUCUACGACGGGCUGCUAUUUGCUUUUGCUUUCGAAAAGGCGUACGGGUCAUGGGAGGAGAGCGACCAUUUGCAUUUUGCUACGGAUUGUGUUAUGAUUCACCUGGCUCAACGCCCAAUUUACCGAAAAAUGGUUUUUAGACUCGUACGGAAGCCCUUCGAUGGGCAGGAAAGGAUGGGGAGGCGGUUUGGGGGAUGGGGAGGGCAAGGGAGGAUGUGACACCAUGGAAGCUGUCCAAAGCCAGCUCUUGGGAACCGGGGGGAGGGGUGUUCUGGAUACCACAUUGUAGUCCUCCACGGCAGAGGUACAAGGGCAAACAGCGGUGGACUGGUGUGUGUGUUGGAGCAGCAUCAGUCCCCGAUACCGACAGGGGCUCAGCAGCCCGCUCGGGAAUUCCAAUGAGAUUUAGUUGUGAAAUGUAUCGGUGACCAUCACACACAUGUCGGCC